GGGAGCUGCAGGCUAGUCCUGGUGAAGACAGCAGGAUCCUAGGAAGCUGCUUGAUGCUUCAUCCCUAAGUGUGUGCAGUAACUCAGGUUCAACAGCAAACACUCAUGGUGGCCUGGUAGAAGAGUGAGAGCUCAUGUUCACCUGUUUCCAGGGGCUCAGGCACAGAGGUAUCAAAACUCUGAAUGACAAGAGAAGUGAAGGUCUAGAUGAUCAUCUGGAAUAGGCCCUGAACCUGUUCAGUUGCAUAUGAUUAAAUAAGCAGAGCUUUCUGGCCAGCCAGGAAAGCACAGGAUUUUAAUACGAGAACAUGAAGACCACAAUCUACCUAAGUGUGCUACUGGCUGGGUUUCACACUGUUGCCCACAGUCAGCUCCCACCCAGUGACCACAAUGGACACGACCCAAAUGACCCUACACACCACAUACAUCAUGGAGGUGAAGCGAUGGCUUGCCUCAAACUUGUGCCAAACAAUGCUGACUUUGCAUUCCAGUUUUUCAGGGAAGUUACACAGGAGGCACCAAAUAAGAACAUUUUCUUCUCCCCUGUGAGCAUCUCCACCGCCUUUGCGAUGCUGGCCCUUGGGGCUAGAUCAGCCACACAGUCUCAGAUCCUGGAAGGACUUGCCUUCAACCUUACAGAGAUUCAGGAGAAAGAGAUACAUGAAGGCUUCCACAACCUAAUCCACAUGCUGAACCAUCCUGAGGGUGGAGUCCAGCUCAACAUGGGGAAUGCCAUCUUUGUAACAGAGAAGCUGAAACUCCUAAAAAAAUUUUUAGAUGAUGCCAAAUCUCUGUAUCAGCUGGAAGCUUUUACAACUGACUUUAACAAACCCACAGAAGCUGAAAAGCAGAUCAAUGAUUAUAUAGAGAGGAAAACACAUGGGAAAAUUACUAAUUUGGUCAAGGACGUGGACCCACAAACUGUAAUGCUUCUAGCCAGCUUUGUUUUCUUUAAAGGCAGCUGGGAAAAGCCUUUUAAAGCAGAACAUACUGAAGAAAGGGAGUUCUUUGUGGAUGCUGAAACAACUGUGAAAGUCCCUAUGAUGUACCAGAUGGGUAGAUUUGACUUCUACUUUGAUGAGGAGAUGUCAUGCACUGUGGUACGGCUGCAUUAUAAUGGGAGUGCUACUGCAUUUCUGGUUCUGCCAGCAAAAGGGAAAAUGAAGCAGUUAGAGCAAACUCUGGACAAGGAAACGAUCCAGAAAUGGUCAGACCAUCUCUUCCAGAGCUUUAUGAACCUAUAUUUCCCCAAAUUUUCUAUUUCUGGGAGCUAUGAGAUAAGUAACACCCUUAAGAAGAUGGGAAUUGUGGAUGUGUUCACCAACCAGGCAGAUCUCUCUGGCAUCACUGGCACCCCAGAUCUGAAGGUUUCCAAAGUUGUCCAUAAGGCUUCUCUGGAUGUUGAUGAGAAAGGUACUGAGGCAGCAGCAGCAACUGCUGUUGAAAUAAUGCCAAUGGUUUUUCCUCCAACCAUUGAAUUCAGCCAUCCCUUCCUCAUGCUGAUUUUUGAUAGAGAUACAAACAGUACACUCUUCAUAGGAAAAAUAGUUAACCCAACUAUCACUAGCUGAAGUGACAUAUGAAUUUUGUUUGCUACUACUAAUUAAAGAUGUGAAAAUGCA